AUGGAAAAACAUCAAAUCACUGAGAGUGUUAAACAGAAGCUCAAAGCCCACUUGAGGGAAAAGUUUACCUUCAUUAAAGAGGGCACAUCCACCGAUCACUCUCGACUGGAGAAUAUCUACACUAGACUCUUCAUCACUGGAGAAAAGGUGGAUUAUGGCCGCCAAGUACAUGAGAUUCUGAAUCACUUUAAACUCCCUGAUAAGAGAUCACCAUUUUCACAUUAUGAAGAGAUAAACAGCUUUGACAUCUUCAAACCUGGAAGAAACAUUUUCCAACAACAACAAACCAAAGAUGGCACGAUCCGAAGAGUGAUGAUGAAAGGUAUCGCCGGUAUCGGAAAGACGUUAGCAGUUCAAAACUUCUCCCUGAACUGGGCAGAGGGGAAAUCCAACCAGCACAUUGACUUCAUCUUUGUGCUUCCUUUUAGAGAGUUAAACAUGCUCAAAGAGGGAGAAUACACCCUGCUGCAGCUUCUCCUACCCUUCUACCCUGAACUCAGACAGUUCAAGAAUGCACAGCAGCUUUUUGAGAAGCAGGUGCUGUUGAUCUUUGACGGUCUGGAUGAAAGUAGAUUUCCCCUGGACUUCGACGGGGGGGCAAGAGUGAUUGAACCAGAUAAAGCAGCAACGGUGGAUGUGUUGCUGACAAACCUCAUCAAAGGGAACCUGCUGCCCAACGCCCUUCUCUGGAUCACUUCCCGCCCUGCAGCAGUCGGUCAGAUUCCUUCCAAAUAUAUUGACCAAGUGACAGAAGUCCAAGGGUUUACUGAGCAGCAGAAGGAGGAGUACUUUGAGAAGCGGUUCAGCACUGCUGAUCAGGCCGAUGAAGUUCUGUCCUGUCUCAAAGGGAUGGUAAGCUUCUAUUUCAUGGGCCAUAUCCCAAUCUUUUGUUGGAUCCUAGCUGAGGUCUUCAAGAAAGGAUGGGACGACCAGAGAAGCCCGCGUAUAACAACAAUGACAGAGUUGUACAUUUAUUAUCUCAUCAUUCAAACCCAAAGAACAGAACAGAAAUACGGAGUGAGUAAGAAGGCUCAGAAGAAGAAGAAGAAGAGGAAGUCAGCAGAAAGGAAAUCCAUGAUUUUCAACCUGUCCAAGUUGGCAUUUGAGCAGCUUCAGAAAGGAAACAUCAUUUUCUACGAAGAAGACCUCAGAGAAUGUGGCAUCAACAGUGACAGAGCUUCAGUUUUUUGUGGAUUUUGCUCAGAGAUCCUGAAGCAAGAGUACGGCCUGUACAAGGAAAAGCUGUUCAGCUUCGUGCAUUUAAGCUUCCAGGAGUUUCUUGCUGCACUUUACUUCUUCCACUGCUGCGUGACAAAAGAUAUCAGUGCUGUAAGAUCUUUCCUUGAGGUUGAUCCAACUGAUCUGAGCCUGCUGGAGUUGCAGAAAAGAGUCAUAGAUAAAGCCCUGAAGAGUGAGAAAGGCCAGUUGGAUCUGUUCUUGUGUUUCUUUCUGGGAUUCUCGCUGGAGUCCAAUCAGACGAUGCUUCAGAGUGUGCUGCCGCAGAUGAAGAGCGACUCAGAGACCGUCGAGGAGUUGAGGGAAUAUCUCAGAAAUUUCCAUGCAGGAAACAUCCCACAAGAAAGGUGCAUGAACCUUUUUCUCUGCAAGAAUGAGCUCAAAGAGGAGAGAUUUCAGGAUGACAUCAGAAUGUUUCUGGAAACAGGAGCCAUACUCUCACCCAUUGACUGUGCGGUACUGUCCACCAUGCUGCAGAUUUCUGGGGAACUGGUCGAGGAGCUUGAUCUUACAAAAUGUGUUACACCACCCUAUGGAACGGAGAAACUUGUCAUGAGAAUGAAUCAGUGCAAAAAAGCUGUGUAAGUAUUUCUCAUCAUUUUCAUGACCAGUCUUUCCUGUAAUGAUCAGGAUUCGUUAACUGAGAAUCAAUCAUACUGGGUCCUGCCAACAAUGUAGGGGUCUAAAAAGACUCACAAAGAUGGUGCUGCUCCAUGUUUGCAGUGAUUGUGUUUCUGAAGAGGUUAUAUGAAACUCUAAUUUUAGGCCUGUCGCAAUAAUCAAUAAAUCGCCUUAUCGCUCGGUAAAUAAAAACAAGGUCGGUAAUUUUGCCAGCCUCGAUAAUUAACGUGCUUUUGUUUUCCUCCUCUCUCGCUACCAAACACGCUGGAUGAGAGAAGAGGUCGAUAUGGGGCGAUAUGUCGCAUUUGUUCGAAAGUUUUGGUGACAAAGAAGGGGAGUACGACGAACAUGCAUGCGCACCUCAAGCACAAUCAUCCGCGGGGAUGAUCCGCGGGGAUGAUUGUGCUUGAGGUGCGCAUGCAUGUUCUUUGUUGACCUGUUGAGGAAUAGCACCCAAAGCUAAUUAUUUAGUGCAAUUUUGUUUACAGACUCGAGACUCCACUUUAUUUAUUGUUUUAAUAGUUAUGUGUGGAGUUAAGUUUCUGUUCGGUACCAGAGACGAGGUCUAUUUUUUUAUUGUUUGUAGUUGUGAUUGUGGUUCUUAUUUGAAUGCAGUUUUUGAUCAAACAGAAUGUGGGUCCAUUUUAUUAUCAUUGUUUUUUGGUUGUCUUGUUUGUUUCUUAUAUUUGUUCAUCCCAGUUCAAAGUUCGUAAUCUUGAGCAAUUAAAGUUUAUUGCUUUUGACAUGGUGUACUUGCAUUAUUAUGCCAUAUAUUAUCAUCUAUAAUUUAAAAAACUGUGUCAAUAAUAUCGUUUAUCGGCAAUAAUUUGUAGCACAAUUAUCGUCCAGCAAAAUUUGUUAUUGUGACAGGCCUAUCUAAUUUUAAUAAUCACCUUUUAACGAGCCUAGUAAUGAAAGGUCAUGCUAAUUGAUUUUUAAGGUACCCUGGGGAUGGUUUUGGCACUUUCUCUUUGGGUUUCUUCUUUAACCCUUCACACUUGAUACAGCUGAACUGGGUCUAGGAAUAGGAAUUGUGAACCGGUUCUUGUUGAGAACUGGUUCCAAAUGGUUCAGUCCAUCAACAUUGUUUACAUUUUAUCUUAACAAUUCCCUUUUUCUGGAUGCCUUGAAAUAUGGUCUUGCGAGAGCCAGUCUACGAGAACAGAGACUUCGAGGAAAAAACACGGCGGAGAUGCUCACUGAAGGUGGUAUACAUCUUUAUGUUAUCAGAGACUCAAUAAAGUUUCGAGUUAACUGUGAAAACCUAUAGUCUCCUUUUUUAAAUCAAAGAAAGCCAUUGAUAAUGGAAUCGUUAAAGAAUUGAAUCAAUAAGCAGAAUCAACAAUGGCAGCGAUAUAUCGAUCAAAUCUUGUUAAUUCCCAUCCCUAACUGGGUCCUUGUCUGAACUCAAAGCAGCUUUGUGAAAUGGAGAUGGGUAAAAUGCUGACUCGUGAUUUGUUUCUGUCUUUUUAAUCUACAGGCUUAGGAGUGACUGUCUGGAGAAGGACUGCCUUGAUGUUCUUCUUUCCAUUCUUCAGUCACCAGACUCACACUUACGUGAGCUUCAUCUGCUGUGUUUAGCGAACGCCAAUGUUCCUCUUCCUCACGUGAUCCUCGAUGUAGUGGGCGACCCGGUCUGUAAACUGCACACACUGAGGUUAGUUGUAAAGAUGAUUCUGGACUCCUCUACACAAUUUGAGUAAAAAUAUUUGGAAUUGCUCUUGGAGAUUUCCUCAGCUUGAAGAUUUGGUGUUUUUCCAAGCUGAUGAUUGGAUGGACACCCCUAUCAUGUCAUUUUUGUGCCUCAUUUCUGAACACAAAAAAACACAUUUUUUUUUGUAAGAACUCAAGAUAGUAUUUUGUGAAAACAUUUGAAUCAAGCAAAAAACAAAGUAGGUUGAGCGAACAAUAAUCAACAACAUGUUCAAGAAAUUAUUUUUCAUGCUUCAACAUGUUUUCCUCCUGCUUAUACACUUUCUCUCUCGCGCUCAGCCUUGCACUCCCUGUGCGAUUAAUUCUGCCUGUUCGCUAGCUCAACAUGACACAGCGUUACAAUGUGCCACCAAGUCAACCAAUCAAGAGUUGGACAUGACAGAUUCUGAUUGGCUGUAUUGUAUCCAAUGGCAUUUACUGCAGUAGGACAUCCCGGAAGCAUUUAGCAGGUGACUUAAUAAUUGUCUUCAACUACGACUAGCUAGCAAGCAGUGUGGCACAAAUACAGUAUGUCAAGUGACCAUCAACUGGGAAAUAAGACACCACAGCCACAUGUAAGUAUUUAGAUUUAUAUAAGUCAUAGAGUUUAAUUGUAAUUAAUUUGCACAUAAAGAUGCUCAAUAUUAGCAUGGAAAGAUACAAUAUAUAUCUCAAUAUAAUGCUAAUACUAGCCAAUUUAAUUAAAUGCAACACAAGCUAACCCGCCACUGCCAAGUUGACAUUAUUUAAAGGGAUAUUCCAGCAUAAAUUUAAGUUAUGGUCAAAUACACUGGGACACCGAGUUAGACAACCCCUCGAGAGAUGAAUGUUACCAAUUGCUUGCUUCUCUAGUUAUACCAACUUUAGUAACGACCACACAACAGCGAUACACAGCGGUCUACAGAGCCAUGCACAAACUUCAACCGAAAAGCCACUCUAUAGCCACAAAUAAUGCACUUUUAUUCACUCUCUGUGACACAACGUCAUUUUAGUCAUUCCUACAAAUAUGAAGUUUGAUGGGCUUUCAUCUCACUUUCCCUUUAGUAAUAUGUGAUGUUUUUUACAGGUUAUCUGGGUUAACUUUGGAUUUUGAACACUGUCACACACUGGCCUGCAUCCUGCAGUCGAAACAGUCAUCACUGAGAGCCCUGGACCUGGCUAACUGUAUGUACAGUUAUCAACAGGAUCAUAGCGGAUAUUACUUAAGAAAGUUGGAGGAAAAGGAAAAUUACGAAGAGUUUGAGGAUGAGCUAACUCUGCUGACUUUCAUCCCUGCUGGCUUGAUCGGUCCAGUCUGUAAACUGGAGAAAUUCAGGUGACUUUUUUGUUAUGAAGACACCUUCACAGAUGUUCUUGCCAUGAUGCUUAAUAGUUGUUGUUGUUUCCCUCCUUUUUUUUUUGCAGCAUGUCUGGUUGUCGCCUGACAGAUAAAUGCUGUCAAGUGUUUGCCUCAGUUCUCAGCUCUAAUUCCCAGCUGCGAGAGCUGGAUCUAAGCCAGAACAACCUGCAGGAUUCAGGGGUGUGUCUGCUCUCAGCUGGACUGGGGAGUUCAAAGUGUAGACUGGAAAAACUGAGGUACUGUUUCUUUUGUAUGAUACCGUCUCUUGUGGAGUCCCCCAGGGCUCUAUUUUAGGUCCCCUCUUAUUCAUUGUUUACUUGCUUUCUUAGAGGCACAUCCUGUUUGGCAUGGUGUAAACUUUCACCGUGGAAACUCCAACACUUGCUCUAUGGCCUGUUAAAACUUGGUGCUGCUGAUGUUUCUGGCAUUAUGUCCCGUCUGACUUCAAACAAGAACUUAAAAAGAGGCCAAAAUCAUUAUUACUGAUAUUUUAAUCAGAGAUUCAGUUCAGGAUCUUAGGUGGUCUUUUUGGGCUGCGUUUCAGGAGAGUGUAUUUAUUUAUUUUUUUUACCCCAGGCUGUCACAUUGUGGGAUCACAGAAGAAGGAUGUGCCUCUCUGGCCUCAGCGCUGAGGACCAACCCAUCACACCUGAGAGAGCUGGACCUCAGUUACAAUCACCCAGGAGAGGCAGGAGUUCAGCUGCUCUCUGAGAGGCUGGAGGACCCUGAGUGCAAACUGGAAAAACUCAAGUUGGUAUCAUUUGUUGCUGGCUAUCACAAAAUAUUAAAUAUACAUAGUGUGUAUUCAAGGUAUGACAAGGAGAUAAAACAGCUUGUUUGAUUGAAUUAAAAGGACUUAUCUGUAUUUUCUAAGCUGUAUGAACAUUUGUUUUUAAGUGGCCACAAAAUUAUCUCUAUAAACAGUUGUCUGUAGGUGCUGUCCAUCACUGCAUCCACAGCUGCAGGUCAAAACUGCACCAUGCAGAGACCGUCCUGUGGUCUGACAAUUCAACAUAUAGAAAGUUUCUUAUUUGUUCUAUGUUAAAGGGGACCUGCAACUAAAAAUUUCAUUUUUUGCAUGUUUGUGUGUCAGAUUAGGUCCAUAUCAUGUUCGUUUUAUGUUGUAAAUGUGAAAAUAAACCUUUACAUCAUUUCCAUUCUGUAAAGAUUUAAAAUAAAAAUAAAUGUUAAUGAGCCAAAGGCAGUUAGUUGUCCUGUAAGGUUUUUCAGGGAUACUAAAAUGGUUUGAAACAAACCAUCAAAUAACUAUUCAGCUAAAAUUAUGUUGCAAACAUGAUCAGAGUACAUCAAGGAUUAUGAAAAAAUGAUUGAAAUGGGUAUGAAAUUUUGAUGGCAGGUCCCCUUUAAAACGAACAAAAAACCUCAGCUCAAACUCAACUCGUUUUUGCAUGUCCUACUCUUCCAUGCAGUUUUUCUUAAAAAGAGUUCUAUCAACUUGACUGAACUGAUGAAGAGUUUAGGAGGACAUAUAUGGCUGCACUUGUGUAUAAUGUCCUUUCAUAUGAUGAUCUAAUUGAAAGUGUGUUUUCUUCUGCUUCAGCGUUGAUUAUAAUGAAGAGUUCUGGACUAACCUGCAGCUCCUGAACAAGUGUAAGCUAAGUAUGAAUGUCUACUCUUCCCAGUUGUGUAAAAUCAGUAAACCUAAAGUCAAACUCUUCCUUGUCUCUCAUUUAGAUGUCUGUGACCUCACACUCGACCCCAACACAGUGCAUAAAAAACUCCUUCUGUCUGAGAGUGAGAAGAAAGUGACUUCCACUUAUAAUGAAGAGCCGUAUCCUGAUCACCCAGAGAGGUUUGAUCUACUGUCACAGGUCAUGUGUAGGGAGGGUCUAACUGGACGCUGCUACUGGGAGGUGGAGUGGUGGGGAAUUGGGACUGUUGGUGUGGCAUACAAGAACUUAGAGAGAAAAGGACACCUAACUCCAAACAUCCGAGUCAACAACAAGGCCUGGAUUAGCAAUGACUCUCGGUCGGACGGUUUUUCUUUCAAUCAUGGACGGAGCGAAACUUUUAUUCCUGUCCCCAUCAUUGACAUGAAAGCAUUCAUGGCCAGACAGAGGAGACUGGGACUGUUUCUGGACUGGUCUGCUGGGAGUCUCUCUUUUUUUUCUCUGUUUGGAGACAAAAAGACCCACCUUCAUACGUUCCACACCACUUUCACUGAGCCUCUGUACCCGGUCUUUGAUGUUUCUUUUGGUCAUGUGAACAUUUCCACGGCAGAGUUAUCAGGGAUGGAUGAUGUGAGUAUUUCUGGGCAUCUCAUCACCUUUCUCUAACCCUCUUCCUCCAUGCAGAAUCACCCCAUUUGAUGUGAUACUAAAUCAGUUUGCAGCAAGCAGUAAAACCCUGCACUAACUUAGCUGUCAUGAGGCAGGGUUUAAAAAAAGAAAAUUUACCUAAAAUGCAGGUUUAAAAAAGGUUUAAUAAACAAAAAGUAAUGGAAAAACAAAAACUUACUUUACAAAAGAUUCCAACAGAAAAAUCCAAACAAAAACCACAAAAAAUCCAAAAGUCCAAAGGACACUUGGAAACCUUGAGGGCAUCAGGUACAGAAGAAACGCACAAGCUGACAUCGACAACAAACCAACAAUGAGGACAGACAACACAAGGACUGAAUACACUUGGUAACAAGCAACGAGAGACAAGUGAGACACUGGGGCUAUGUCCGAAAUGAUAUACUACUGGUACUACUCCUACUAACCCCGCCUCUGAAUUGAGUAGACAGUGCGUUCACACUGUACAGUCUGCAAAUUCUGUGUAUGCGAGAAAUGCCCGGAUGUAUCAAUCGGCUUCUAUUUCUGAGUAUGGAGCGGAGCUUGCUUCACGUACUGCUUCUGCCCCACAAUGCAUUGCGCACUUAUGGCCCUCUUUCCCGAGGCUGAAAAGAAAUAGAUGACAUGGGAUUGCAAUAAUAAUGAUAUAUAUAUAUAUAUAGAUAAACAAUAUUAAGUCAGGAUACAUUACACAAUUUUACAAAUUUACAAACAGCUGCUGUUUCAAACAACUGGGCUCAUAAUCGUGAUGUAAACACUUACUUUCUCGCUAGAAAAAAUAUUAUUACUGAAUGAAUUUAUAUAAUUUGUCCAGAAUGCAGUCGUUCUGUGUAGCUUGUGGUAGGACUAUUUAAAUUUUCCUGGCGCUGCGUCCGGCCGGCACGAAAUGUAUGUAAACGCUCAGGCAGCCGCGGCAUACUCAAAUUAUCUUUGAGUAUUCAGUAUGCAGUAUGUACUGAUUGAGUAGGUAAGUAGACAGUAGGCAGUAUGCCAUAUUGGACACAGCCUGGGACACAGGUGUAGACAAUCAUUGAGGAGGGAAAACACAGGAAGUCAAACUAAACCAGACACACUAUGGCUGUGUUUCAUUUCAGAGACCGCAUCAGGCUGACCACGCUCGAGCGCACUGCCGUUAUGUGGACUUGAGUACCCUGAGUGAGAUGGUCCGGUUUUUGUGAAAUGGGAUGGGAUCUGAUUAUCAAUUGAUCGGCCGAUUUUUAAAUUUUUUUUAUGAAGUUAGAAAAAAAGGCUACUGCUCUUCACGCCAACAGCAAGACCGACUGAUCAAACUCGGACCAGAAAAGCGUUUUAAACAACCAAACCAAACCAACCAAAUGGUUUCAAAUGGCGGAACAUUUUCGAAGUGAAACCGAAUCUUAUUCUCCGCAUUUUAUUUCUGAAGAUAUCGGCGAAAAUCGUCAAGUUUUGGCCGAUUACCGAUUAGUCUCAAACGGGCUAAAAUUGUCCGGGUCGGGCCCUAGUCAGAACACAGAUUUUAAUGGAGGACUGGAGCUGGAGUGGGAAGUGUCCCCUAUGACAAAUACUAUUUGAUUUGGUUUCACUAUAAAAACAAAAAGUUUAUUCUGUGUGUUUUUAUUAUUGCAGAGCAAGUUUAUCUUCACACCGGAGGUUAUGAAAGAAAAACUCGGCAUUUCUUACAGGUGAGAAAAACUGUAGCUAUGAGAUAAAGACAGUUUGAUGGUUAUUAAACUGUCUGAAGUGAAUUACAUUCAAGAGAAACUUUCAGUUGACCACUUUUGUAAAUACUAGAACUUUUUCUUUAAUUGUUAUGAUCGUCUGCAGGUAAAUCGGCACUUUAUCGGUAAAAAUCUAUUAAAAAAAAAAGGAAAAAACCAAGAUAAUAACUAAGGUGUACGCAGUGCUCUUCCUUACUUAACAGAUCAAAAUGUUGAAACAGAUUACAGGUGAAAAGUUCAGAAUUAUUCAAUCACACUUUGUUUCUUGCAGGUUCACAUUUCAUUGUGAAGGUGUGUUUGAGUGCUCUUUGACAAAGCUGGUGUUCAAAGUGAACCAGUAUGGGGAGGCCUUCUACAAGACCCUGAUCUGGGAUGAGACGCUCCUGGAACAAGCUCACAAAGUGCCCGCAGGACCACUGUACAGCAUCGAGUGUUCUCAGGACUCAAUCCGUCAGCUGCACCUCCCAGACUGUGAGCCUGAACCUGGUAAGAACACUGAAAACACAGAAAAAAUGAACUUUGUCUCUUUUGUACUUUGUGGAGGUGAAGCUGAACUUGAGAGGAGCUGACAAAGUGAAGCUGGUGUUCUGGAUAUUUACAGGUCUGCUCUCAGAGGGCCUCUCUGUCGUCCACAUCACUGACGACGGCAUGAGCGUCAUUCAGCCGCUGGAGAUAACUGACACUCACGUUGUCGUGGAAACACCUCACUUGUCGAUUUUUGGCCUCAUCAAAAAUUUUUUCACCGGACCAGUCCUUGGUCAAGUCCUGCUGUUCCUGCAACCGGCGUACAGAGGAAUGCUCCCCCUCGGUGUAAUUCUCCUGCCGAAAACUGUCCCUCUGCCGGAGGUAAAACCAUCCUCCUAAUCACAAAAACUGCACUGAACUGUACCUGGGUGUAACUUUCACCCUCUUUUAGUGCGAGUAAUGUCCGCUUUAAAUCUUGUAUGAAAGAUAUUGAUGUCUGCUGUCUGAUUUAAUUGUCAAAGGUUAAAGCGCAGUAUGAAGAUUGCAAGUACAUCCGAGUUACGUCCAACUGUCGCCUGCUCAGAAACUGGGACUACAGCCUCCACAGUGACCCGGAGGGCUACACCAUUCAGCCUCCAGUGAGUACCAGGAACCAUUUCUGCAGCCUGAGAAGACAAGGCUGUAAACAAUCAUAAGAAAUGUUUGAAUUUUGUUUCUAGACGGCAGAGUUCUUUGAAAACUACGGGCCAAAUUACCACAUGACGUUUGAGGUCACCCUGACCACGGGCACAGAGGAAGUCACUCUGAUGGUGCGAGAUCCAGAUGACACACAAGUGUGGAGGUACCGCCUCAAACCGCCUGGUAAAUACUCAGUCUUAAGGUUUUACACAUUAUCGUCAUCAGACCUUGAGUUAUUCAGCAGACACUAAAACUCGUGUUUUUUGUAAUUUAACUUUUUACACUUUUUAGAUCAAGUUUUUGGCGUUCAGCUUUUUUUUGUAUGAGUUUUCAGCAAAGAUGAGGGUAUUCUUUCUUCACCCUCAAAAAAGAUUGUUGAUUGUUGCAUCACAUUUUCUCCAGCUUUAUCUUCAAGUGCAUCUCAGGAGGACAACGAGUCGAGGAUGAGCAGCAACGCGUCAGCAGUGGAGGAGCUACAGAGAGUUCGGACACAGUUUAUCAACCGCAUGUCUGAUUCAGGUCUCAACAAGCUGUUGGAUGAACUUCUGCAUUUCCAAGUGUUAAAUGACACCGAGGACGAGGCGGCCAGGGUCAAACCGCGAGCGGACAAAGCACGAAUCGUGAUCGACAUGGUGCGAAAGAAAGGCACCGAGGCGAGUCAGAAGAUGAUCGAUAUCCUCUCCAGCAGCGAUCCUUUCCUUUGCAGUGAGCUCAGCUUGACAUGA